AUGUUUUUACGUAUAGUACAUGUACUUUUAAUUUGUUUUAAAGUAUCAAAUUCGUUAGAGUGGCGUGUAUUCGAUGGUCAAGAUUUACGUUAUGACGUCCAUAGUUACUUAGUGAAAUUGGAACUUUAUACAUAUUAUAAUAAUAUUGGUACUUGCAGCGGCUCUAUAAUAAGCAGUUCAUGGAUAAUAACUUCAGCGCAUUGUAUUCAACCAAAUCUACAUACUAUCAUCGUUCUACAAAAAACAAGAUAUAAAAUGGAAUUCAUAGGAUAUAUUACUAUUUAUGAUGCGUACGUACAUCCAGAUUUCAAACUAAAUAUUGAUACUAUGCCAAAUAGAGAAAAAGAUAUAGCAUUGUUAUACGUAAGAGAAGAAAUCAAAUUUAAUAGAUAUAUGAAACCAAUAAGAUUAUCAAGAAUGCGUCCAAAAAUUGGUGAUACAGGUAUAAUAGCGGGUUUCGGAGAAACAGAAAUUAAUUUAACAACACCAAGAGAAGGUAUUGCUGUUAUAGAUACAUGUCCAAAUGCAUCAGGAGAAAGAACAAGGAAUAUUUGUACUAUAGGUCCAGUUAGAGCUGGACCCGGGGAUUCUGGGGGACCUUUAAUUUAUAAGGGAAAAUUAGUUGGACUUAUUUCAGGUGGAUGUAUGGAUGUUAGAACAAAUAACAUGUGUAUAACUGUGUACACAAGUGUAGAAAGGAAUAUCGAAUGGAUACUAGACGUUGUCAGUAAUGUAGAGUAAAGAAACUGUAAUAGUAGGUAACAAUAAUGUUUAAGAAGUAUCAAAUU